UUUAUUCGAUGAAAACUUCAAUUCAAUUCAGCGUCAUUCUAAGCGAUUCAAGCACCGUCUUCAUCAUCAAUUCAGAAUCCUUUCAGAAUCGGACUUUGGAGCCAAUGACCGACUUUGCGCACCUGCUGCCGCCAUCGUGGAAGACGACCGUCACUCAGUGGCUGGACGAGGACAUCCCUUCGUUCGACUAUGGCGGCUUUGUCGUCGGCGAGAAGGAGGAAACCGCCGAGCUGCUGGGAAAAUCUCCGGGCGUUCUUGCAGGCGUUCCAUUUUUCGAGGAGGUCUUCCGUCAAGUUGAUUGCAAAGUGCACUGGCUGGUCAAGGAAGGCGAUUUUGUCGAUGGCAAGCGCGUCCGGGUCGCCACCGUGACUGGAAAGGCGCGAAACAUUCUGCUCGGCGAGCGCGCCGCCUUGAACAUGCUGGCUCGUGCCAGUGGCAUUGCAUCUCGCGCACGAGAGCUUCGAAAGCUCAAAGACGAGAAGGGCUUCAAGGGUGUUGUGGCUGGAACGCGCAAAACGACUCCUGGUUUCCGACUGGUGGAAAAGUACGCCAUGCUGGUGGGUGGCGUCGACACUCAUCGCAUGGACCUGUCUUCGAUGAUUAUGCUGAAGGACAACCAUGUUUGGAGCCAAGGUUCCAUCACAAAUGCUGUUCGUCGUGCCAAGACCGUUGGAGGAUUCGCUCUCAAGAUUGAAGUCGAAUGCCGCUCCAUCGACGAGGCUCGCGAGGCCAUUACGGCUGGUGCAGACAUCGUCAUGCUCGACAACUUUGAUCCCGAAGCAUUGAAAGUCGCUGCCCGAAUUCUCAAGCAGGAAAGUCCUCAUGUGCUGAUCGAAGGCAGCGGCGGCAUCACCUCCGAGACCCUUGCGAGCUAUUUUGAUGAUGCUGUCGACGUGCUCAGCAUGGGAAGUCUCACACAAGGCGUCCCGCAUGUGGACUUUUCUCUCAAGAUUGUGGUGCCAAAGUGAACCAUUCCAUCGCCUCUUUCUGAAUGUGCAUUGGAAAAUGAAUGAAACACAAAAGUUAUGUUUUACUCGUUGUAUUCCAGCGUUGUGCGGCCGGAAACGUCGACAGCGACAAAAGUGACGGCAGAAAUGCAGUGCAAAACAAACAACAACAACAAAAAC